CGUCGUACCCAUCUACACUGAUUACCUUUUUUGGAAGUGCUACCAACCGCCGCUGCGGCGCUGUGGCUGCUCAAGCACCGACGUCGUCGGUCCGAGCUUUCACGCUUCAACCUACAUGCAUUCUCGGACGAACUCUGAGGCAUCUUUCAUCUUGGUUGGCUCCGAAUCUGGACGUGACGCAGACAGACGCGGCAGCAAAGACAGCACCGAUGCUGAGACUGGACAGGCCGACGUGAAGAGUAAACCUCUCAAGCUACAAGAUACGAACCAACCCUCACAAUCCUUCGCACACGACUGGUCUACUGUUGGGACAGGUGGAAAGCUGUACGUCCACGGCCGGCACUUUGUUGACGCGCACGGACGCGUGUGUAACCUCCGGGGAGUGAACUUGUCGGGGAACUGCAAAACGCCCACGAAUCAUGAUCACGACGACUUCCCUGCCAACCACGCAGACGUGACGUUUGUCGGACGACCGUUUCCUCUCGAAGAGGCUCCAGACCACUUUGCUAGGCUGCGUAGAUGGGGCUUGACUUUCAUCAGGUUCCUCGUGACUUGGGAGGCGGUCGAACAUGCGGGACCUGGUAUCUACGAUACCGACUACUUGUCCUACAUCCGUAAUCUGCUCUCCCUUCUUCCGCAGUACGGUUUGACGGCCUUCGUCGUUCUACACCAAGACGUAUGGUCGCGCUACUCCGGCGGGUCCGGGGCACCAGCGUGGACGUUGGAAGCGGUGGGAUUCGACCUUCACGGACUGGAGGAGCCAGGCGCUGCGUGGUUGAGGGGUAUCAAGGGUGGAGGUCAUAUAGAGGACGAGCGAGGGCUCUGGCCAUGUGGGUACCAGAAGCUGGCUGCUGCGACCAUGGCGACGUGUUUCUGGGCGGGUGACAUGUUCGCGCCGAAGUUGAAGGUCAAGAACACGGACGGAGAGGAAGUGUCGAUACAAACGUUCCUUCAAACAGCGUUCCUCAAUAUGUGGCAAGUCGUCGCCAACACCGUCGGUGACUUGGAAGGCAUUCUGGGCUUCGAGAUCAUGAACGAGCCGCACCGGGGCUAUGUCGAGCUGUGCUCUAUGCACGCAUUUGACUACAACACGGAUCUCCAUCUUGGGCACGUCCCCACUGCAUUCCAAUCUUUCAUGCUCGGAGCCGGCCACCCAACCGCCGUUGGCUUCUGGACGCGUUCCUUUCCCAUGCCCACCCGGCGCACUUCCACCAAGGUUCUUAACACCGCGCGCCAGAAUGCGUGGCGCGACGACGGUCCGACGAAGGGCAUAUGUCUCUGGGAGAUGCACGGCGUGUGGGGCUGGGACAGCCGGAAGGAUGAGGGCGUCGUGCUGAGGGAGAGUUACUUCACAAAGGACCCGAUGACUGGACGGAAGGUUGACUGGUAUGAAGACUUCUUCUACCCUUUCGUCAACAGGUGGGCGGAGGUGGUGAGAGGUGCAACGAGCCCUGACAAGCUCGUGCUGGCGGAACCUAUACCCAAUGAGUUCUGUCCGGCGUCUUGGACGGCCGACCGACGUCCUCCGAAUAUGGUCUAUGCACCACACUGGUAUGACCUGAACGCGUUGUUCACAAAAGCCUUCGGCGAUUUCACCGUCAACGUUCAAGGCUUGUCUAGGGGCAUGUUCCCCUUGAAAGCCUUUUACUGGGGUCACCAAGGCGCCAGGGACAACUUCGCUCUGCAGAUCCGAAACAUCGUUGAGGCAGGCUACCGUUCCCUGGGCGAGAAGCCAGUUAUCAUCGGCGAGUGCGGCAUUCCGAUGGACUUGAACAAGGGCGAAGCUUUCAAGACAGAUAGAUGGCACUGGCAGACACGCAUGAUGGACGCAAUGCUCACUGCGCUCGACCGCAGUCUUGUUGGCUUCACGCUGUGGAACUACAACCCCGACAACGAUGAUCACACCGGCGACGACUGGAACGGCGAAAACUUCUCGUGGUUCAGCCGCCGCCGUGCCCUGUCCGGCGUCUGGCUCGACCACGCACAGACCUCGCCCACGCUGGACAACGGCGCACGCAUCCUCCGCGCGUUCGUGCGGCCGUACGCGGCGAAGACCGCCGGCAUCCCGAGACACUUCUCGUACGAGAUGAACACCGGAGCGUUCGAGUACGAGUGGGUCGUCCCCGGGCCGUCCGCCGAUGCGGGUGCGCAGUCCCCGAGCGUAGAUCGGCCGCCCGUGACGGCGGACGCGCACCCGGCGCUGAAGAGCAAGGUGACGGAGAUAUACGUGCCGUCGAUGAUCGCGCAUGACAGGAAGGUCGUCGUGGAGGGCCUCGCGUCCGGCGAUCACUACGAGUACGACGAGAGCCGGCAGACACUGAGCAUCGAGCCUGCCGCGCUCACUCCGGGGCACGUCCACCGGGUGUCAGUCAGAGUGGUGCCGCCGCUCAAGCCGGAGUUUUUCGUGAACAACUUCUGGGACGACUUCAGCGGCCAUGCCGUUGCGGUUAUCGUGCUCGUGCUUUCGUUCUUGGUUGCGCUUCUUUGGGUUAGAAUGUCUGAGAUGCCUUGAGACAUUGGCUAAUGACUUGUCGGAUUUAUGUCUAGUGCUACAGCUGCGUACAAUGGAUGAUUCUGUGCAUACCCGUAC